GCUGAGACUACAGGUGCUUGUCACUAUGCCCAACUAAUAUUUGGAAUUUUCGUAUAAGUGGAUUCCAGAGGGGUGACAGCGAAACACGACUGCAGGACAAAUUCGAGCAUCUUAAAAUGAUUCAACAGGAGGAGAUAAGGAAGCUCGAGGAAGAGAAAAACAACUGGAAGGAGAAAUCAUAGAUUUUUAUAAAAUGAAAGCUGCCUCUGAAGCACUGCAGACUCAGCUGAGCACUGAUACAAAGAAAGACAAACAUCGACUUUUUACCUUAAUCCUUGCUGCAGUAUUUCCAAGUAACAGUGGAGAUAGAUUUACCCUUUCUAAACUAUUAGCUGUAAUUUUAAGCAUUGGAGGUGUUGUACUGGUAAACCUGUCAGGGUCUGAAAAAUCUGCUGGAAGAGAUACAAUAGGUUCCAUUUGGUCUCUUGCUGGAGCCAUGCUCUAUGCUGUCUAUAUUGUUAUGAUUAAGAGAAAAGUAGAUAGAGAAGACAAGUUGGAUAUUCCAAUGUUCUUUGGUUUUGUAGGUUUGUUUAAUCUGCUGCUCUUAUGGCCAGGUUUCUUUUUACUUCAUUAUACUGGAUUUGAGGACUUCGAGUUUCCCAAUAAAGUAGUAUUAAUGUGCAUUAUCAUUAAUGGCCUUAUUGGAACAGUACUCUCAGAGUUCCUGUGGUUGUGGGGCUGCUUUCUUACCUCAUCAUUGAUAGGCACACUUGCACUAAGCCUUACAAUACCUCUGUCCAUAAUAGCUGACAUGUGUGUGCAAAAGGUCUUAGCCAGGCACAGUGGCUCACGCCUGUAAUCCCAGCACUUCGGAGGCCGAGGCAGGCAGAUCACUUGAGGUUAGGAGUUCGAGACCAGCCUGGCCAGCAUGGUGAAACCCCGUCUCUACUAACAACACAAAAAUUAGCUGGGUGUGAUGGCAGGCACCUGUAAUCCCAGCCACUUGGGAGGCUGAGGCAGGAGAAUCACUUGAACCCGGGAGGCGGAGAUUGCAGUGAGCCAAGAUCAUGCCACUGCGCUCCAGCCUGGGCAACAGAACAAGACUCCAUCUCAAAAAAAAAAAAAAGAUAAAAGCAAAAUAUGCUUAGUGCUGUAUAUCCUCUUUAUUUAUAAAAUAAUUCUUUACUGAUAUUUAACUUUGUUUUAUGGUCAGUAAAUUCUUAUUUGUCAUGGUUAAAGAACUGAGAUUCUUUCCUUAAUUGAGAAUUAAUUAUCUUACAUAACUUGCAUUUUCAAAGAAUGUGGAAAUUCUAUAUAACACUAACAUUGCACAUUAUUACACAUCAUUCUUUUAUAGAUUUAAGUAAUAUCUAGGCCCUUCUUCAUCUUCAGGUCAUAAUCCUGAAUAUGAACCAAACUGGUUGUGAAACUGGGAAGGUGCUACUUGUUAGAGGAUUUUGGUAGACUACUGUGUAAAUCAUCUUUAUUGUACUGAUAUUUUAAAAACAAAAGCUUUCGUAGAUUGAAAAAAAUUGCAGCUUAAUGUUCAGGAAUUUUUAAGAAAAUAGUCACAGGGGACCUAAUUGUAUUAAAUGAUUAGUCAUUUCAUAAUUAUCAUUACAAACAAUAAUGGUUAUAAUUUGUUUAAUAAAGUAUUUUAGGGUAAAGACAAAACGGGGAAAUGUAUGCACAUGCAAUUAAUUAUAAAAACAUAACCAAACUUUAACUGAUUGCCCAGUUCUGGAUAUGAAGACAAUCAAGAAAAGAUUUGGUGUUCUUGAUUGUCUUCAUAUCUAGAACUGGGCAGUCAGUUAAAGGAGCAGGCUGUGUGUUGGUGUCAGGAUUGAGGUUAGGGAGAUUCCAUCUGGAAAAAGCAGCAGUGUGUGUCCAGAACUGUAACACAAACAUGAUAAGAGAAAUCUACUUUUCUAGGGUUUUUAGGUUUAAUUAGCUAACUGUAUUUAUAUAUAGCUUCUGAAAUGUUAGCAUUUAUUAACAUUGUGCUUGAAACAAAUUGGUUAUUUAAAUCUAUUUAUAAUCAUUUUAUAUAACAGAAAUCAUCCUUGAUCAUAUUCUAUUUGAUAUUCAGAUAUAUUUAGGAAUUAGAAAAAAUUUUUUGUUUACAUAGGUAAUUUUCUUUGUUGUAAUAAAUGGCUUCAUUUCUUUUGUCUUAGCUUGUUGGAAAUCAAAUUAGAAGUUUUUUAUUAUGAGACAACAUAUAAACAGCUACAUUGUGGAAAGUGAACUUGCCUUCUAAAGUCUUCUAGGGCUUUAUCUACCUUUAUUAAGUUUGCUUAGAUUCAGUUAUGAAAUAAGGUUUUUAGUUGAAUAUUCAUGAAAUAAUUCUAUCAACUAUAUCUACAUUUUUAAUCGCAUUAUUUAUAACUUCUUAAUACCUUUUCUGAUCUUGGAUAAUUUAAAUGCAGCAUGGUUUUUCCUGAUUAUUAGUCAUUCUGGCAAAUAUUCCAGGAAUAUGUUAAAAUAUAUUGGUAAUUUCAUAACUAAAUGAAGGCUUUUCAGUUUAAUGACUAUUCUUUCCGGGGUGUUCUUAGGCUGACUCAGUCAUUGUAUAUGAAUACCAUAGAAAUAGGGCAUGCAUGUUAAAAAUUGUCAGUUAUUAUUCUUGUGUUAUGCAUUGUGAGUUCCCUCAUAAAAGACAUUAUGCUCACAAAACUCGUUUACUCUGACUAAUGGUGCUAUGAAAUGGAAUAGUAUAUGUUUUCCACCAGAGGGAGUCUUACCUAUGACUCCAUGCCCUUUUUUUUUUUUUCUAAUUCUCAAAGAGGGCAAACACAGUUUUCCUUCCCUAUUUUAUAGAUAGAAGUUACUAUUUUCAUCAUUAUUUUUAAAGCAAAUCUCCUGUGUGUUACACUUAAGUCUCAGUGGUUGAUCAGUGUAGGCUUCUUUGACAAUCGUUUCUGAUCUUUAGCUGAGUCUAGAUGGUAAAAGUGAACCAGUGAAAGGGAAGAAUGAGUUUUGUUUUGGAUGGCAUCUCAUUAUUUUUUAUUUUCUUUUUAUUUAUAUAUUUGUUUUUCUUAUUUUUUUCUUUUUGAUUUUAAUACCUCCACCCUACUUACAGAUAUUUUUUAUUUUCUUGACAACCCUGAUAAAUGAUGGAUUGGAGGAUCAGACUUGUUGACAUCACUGAUGAGGCUUGUCUUGUUGCUUGUCUUCUCUGGCUAACAUUCCUUAGUAAAAAUAUUUCUAUUUUUUUUCUUUAUUUUAUUUGGUCAUUAUUUCAUUUUGAGCUUUUUUCAUUUAUUACUAGAUAAGCGAGUUUUGAGUGUCAAAUUUGCACUUAAUUUGUUUUUGGUACUGUCAUAAGGACUGUAGCAUACACAGCAUACUACAACUGUAACUUUUUAUGAAAAUAUACAUUUUUUGAAGAUGACUUCAGAAACUGAGGGAGAGAGACCCACUUGAGACUAGGCAGCAAACAGUGAAGAAGAAAUGAGCAACAUGGUGUGCAGGAGCAAAGUUUCAUACUGUAUAUCUCUACUCUAAGUGUACAAUGCCUAUAAAUGGAAAGUAUGCUUUCUUGGCUUUCCUUUAGCCUAUUUUCCAAGCAAGAACUAUUGUUGUUGGUAAUUUAGGUACAUGGAAUAGUAAGUUGAAGUCUUGAAUUCUUAUUUAAUAACAAUACACUUAAUACAUUGUCAGUGUUUAAUUUUGUCUUCCCAUUGUUCUUAUUCCUGCUAGUUUUCACAAAUAGAAAACUUACACUGAAGGGGAAAAUUGCCUUAAUGAUAAUUGUGGGUGUGUUUUUUCCUCUAUCUUUUAUUUUUAGGUGCAGUUUUCUUGGUUAUUUUUUGCAGGAGCUAUCCCUGUAUUUUUUUCAUUUUUUAUUGUAACUCUCCUAUGCCAUUAUAAUAAUUGGGAUCCUGUGAUGGU